AUGUUUCUGUUUGUCAUUUAGUUUUCUAGUCUUUCCGGAAACAAAAAAAAUAAAAAAUUGAAAAGUUCAAAAAACCCACCAUUUUCAUUUUUAUGCAAAAACAAUUUUUAUAAAUUCAGAAAAGUGUUUUCAGAAAUUUCUCCAAAAAAAAAUUGCCGACCAAUUUCCUUCUUUUUUUCCUAGAAAACAAUACAAAACCUGUCUAAACUUUUCUUGCUUCUUUUGGAAAUCUUCCUUUCCUUUUAGUCAAUCUACUAUCUAUCUUUCUAAUAUAUAUUUAAAUAUAUAUACUUUCAUGAACUGAUAAUAAUCAUAUGUGUAAUUAUUACAUUAUUAGUUGAUUCUAAUUUCCCAAAGCUACUAUUAAAAUGAAAAUUACACAAAAUGAUAGUCACUUACAUGUUUGGAUUUAAUUUUCUAAGUUCAAGUUUUUAAGACAAUUGAUGAUCUAACAAGGCCUUAGAGUUUUGAUUCCAUUCUCGAUAAUUGGGCUUGUUUACUAAGAAGUUUUUUUGGACAAUUGGUGACCUAACAGGUACUAACUUGAGUGACACACUUAUAUCUCUCACAAGCACCAUAAUCUGCCGAGUUGCUUUUGGGAAGAGGUAUGAGGAUGAAGGUCAUGCAAGAAGUAGAUUUCACAGCCUACUUAAUGAAGCUCAAGCCUUGGCGGCGAUCUUUGUAUCAGAUUAUUUUCCUUUGAUGGGGUGGAUUGAUAAACUCUCUGGACUAUAUGGCCGGCUUGAGAAAAAUUUCAAGGAAUUGGAUAUGUUCUACCAAGAAAUCAUUGACGAUCAUCUUGAUCCAAAAAGACAAACAACUGCGCAAGAAGACAUCACAGACGUCUUGCUUAAAUUGCAAAGCGAUCGUUCGUUUGCGAUUGAUCUUACUUUGGACAACAUUAAAGCUGUGCUUAUGAAUAUAUUUAUUGCUGGAACAGACACAAGUGCGGCAACAUUAGUUUGGGCAAUGACAGCGCUAAUGAAGAACCCAAAAGUGAUGAAAAGAGUGCAAGACGAAAUCAGAAAUUUAAUCGGAGAGAAGGGCUUUGUGAGUGAAGAUGAUCUUCAAAAGCUUCCAUACCUCAAGGCUAUAGUAAAAGAAACAUUGAGAUUGUACCCUGCAGCUCCAUUGCUCGUGCCAAGGGAAACAACUCAAACAAUUAAACUAGAAGGAUAUGAAAUUCCACCCAAAACGUUAGUCUAUGUGAAUGCGUGGGCCAUUGGAAGAGACCCUGAAGCUUGGGACAACCCAGAAGAGUUCUUGCCUGAGAGAUUCUUGGGAAGUGCUAUUGACUUCAAAGGUCAACAUUUUGAGCUUGUUCCAUUUGGUGCCGGUCGAAGAGGUUGCCCAGGGAUCUACAUGGGUGCUGUGACAGUGGAACUUACACUUGCUAAUCUUCUCUAUUCAUUUGAUUGGGAACUGCCUAAUGGGAUGAAGAAGGAAGAUUUAGACACUGAGGUGAUGCCUGGUAUAACAAUGCACAAGAAAAAUGCCCUUUACCUUGUGGCUAGAAACUAUAAUUAAUGGAUAUGAGAAUCUGAUCUUUUGUUCUAAAAUAUAUGCAUGUCUUAAGAUACUUCCAGCUAUACAAUUGUGACUCGAAAAUCUUAUAUUUCAAA